AUGCUCGGAAAAAUUGCUCUCGAGGAAGCCUUUGCCCUCCCACGGUUUCAAGAGAAAACACGUUGGUGGGCAGGACUCUUUGCCAUCGACCCUGAGAAGCACGCAGCUGAAAUCUCCGAUGUCGCGGACAUUCGGCUCAACUACAUGGAUAAACACGGUGUUGGGUUCACCAUUCUAUCGUACACAGCACCUGGGAUCCAGGACAUCUGGGAUCCGAAGGAAGCACAGCUGUUGGCCAAAGAGAUCAAUGAUUACAUUGCUCCCGAGGUUAAGAAACACCCUGAACGUUUCGGCGCGUUUGCAACCCUUUCUAUGCAUGACCCCAAGGAAGCUGCCGAAGAGUUAAGGCGUUGUGUAACUGAGUACGGCUUUUUGGGCGCGCUUGUCAAUGACACUCAGCGGGCAGGCCCUGAUGGCGACGACAUGAUCUUCUACGACGGCCCGGAGUGGGAUGUUUUCUGGUCUACAGUGACCGAACUUGAUGUUCCUUUCUACCUGCACCCAAGAAAUCCCACCGGAACGAUUCACGAAAAGCUAUGGGCAAAGCGCUCGUGGCUCAUUGGACCUCCAUUGAGCUUUUCGCAGGGAGUCAGUCUGCACGUCCUUGGAAUGGUCACAAAUGGCGUUUUCGAUCGCCAUCCCAAGCUUCAAAUUAUAUUGGGCCAUCUAGGAGAGAAGAUACCAUUCGACAUGUGGCGCAUCAACCACUGGUUUGAGGACGUGAAGAAGCCGCUGGGGCUGUCUUGCAAGCGAACUAUCCGCGAGUACUUUGCAAGCAAUUUGUGGAUCACGACCAGUGGGCAUUUUUCCACCACGACUCUUCAGUUCUGCAUGGCUGAAGUAGGAGCGGAUCGCAUAUUGUUUUCGAUUGACUACCCUUUCGAGUCCUUCUCGGAUGGAUGCGAUUGGUAUGAUGCUCUUCCCAUCAAUGAUAACGACAAGAAGAAGAUUGGGCGGGACAACGCCAAGCAACUGUUCAAGCUGCCGGGAUUCAAGGACAGCGAGGCGCGAGGCAGUGGAUACAGCCGGGCCACUGGUAGGCAUUCUGUGAUUCGUAACUUCACUAUUGACUGGCUACAUUAUUAUCAUUUGCCCAUGGAUAUUGCCGGAACAGCUACUGCUAUCCGAGAGACUAUUCGCGUGCGUGAGACAUCGUACGGCGACCUUGAAAUCAUAGCUUAUCAGGGCUGCCAUUUAGGAACUUCCGAAUGCGGCACUGUGAGCGGGGGUGGGGACGCGGGGUUCGGGGUGCAGGGUCCGGGAGCCGGCAACCGAUGUGCCUACUGCAGUAAGAAACUCUCUCUUAUCAGGAAGGCUUACGCAUCUCCAUCGCUCCACGAAAAUCCUCAAGCUUCUCGUGCUCCUCACAUCAUGCCUCGCCCCAAAGUCCCCGAGAGCCAGCGUCAGCGUGCUGCUGAGGCCUGUAAGUUCUGCCGCGAGGCCAAGAAGAAGUGCAGCGGCACUGCACCUUGCACUCAAUGUGUUCGCCGUGGUCUUGAACCCGACUGUCGCAUGACGUAUCUACCCAGAGGUUCAAGAACGAUAAGGCCCUCAAUUACAAGGGCUAGUACUGCUGGUGGGCGAAGAUCACGCGCAUCCUUCGAGCACGGUUCUAUCACAGUGUCAACAGCCGCUUCCGGGUCAUCAAAAACUCGUCCGCGACGGCAUAUUGAGAUUGACAAGGAACCGUCUCCAAACCCAUUCCCAAUGUCUCCUUCAGUUUCUCAACAAGAAUCCGAAGAACCCUGUGUUGAUGCGCAUCAAAGUCCCAUGACACCUCCUCGAGAAUCACACACCAGAGAGGGUACUCAGCCAGAAUCCUCUCUCCUGGCCAAUCCAAGUAGAUUACUCCGGAGUGCCCACGGUGAACAAGUAUUCGUUGGAGGCGCUGCAGCAAUUUCGUUCCUUCAAACCGUUCGACAAGUGGUGGUGAGACAGAUUGGCCCCUCACCUUUCUCUCACAAUGAUGGAAUGGAAACGAUGCUUGAGGCCGCGUCUCCGGAGGCAAGGCGGUCGAUCUCAUCAGAUGAGGUCGUGGACUUGGGCGAUCAGCAACGACUCGAUUACUUGAAAUGUUACUAUACAAUCACGGAAGGUCUCAUCAAUAUUCUAGACUCUGACGAUCAAAGGGAGUUAAUGUGCUUAACCGACAGCAUCUCUAUCGGAGUUACAUCACCCUUUGACGAAAAUGCUUCCGCUGACAAGGCGGCUUGGCCAUCAAAACAAUCAUCGCACCUCUCAGAUGCCAUCAGGGAUAUGGUAAUGGCAAUAGGAGCACAGUGUAGCAGCGCACUAGAAGCUCAAGAUCACAGCUUCACAUUCUUUCGCAAAGCACAGCGACAAGCAUUCUCUGGACUGCUAGAAGAUCCAGACUUAGACAUGGUCAGACUUUUCUUACUCAUGGCAUUCUAUAUGCUUGGGAAUUGCCGCAGGAAUACAGCGUAUAUGUACAUAUCCAUUGCUGUAAGGGCUGCUCUUGCACUUGGCCUUCAUAGUCAGACUAUGUAUAUGUGUGAGCCGAAGUCCCAUCAGUGUGGACUUUUGAAAGUCUGGAUCAGUGUGCGAAUUCUAGACAAGCUAGUGAGCUCUCUCUUGGGCCGGCCUGCCGCCACGGCAGGAACGGAUGCUAGGCCUCUGAUCAGAGAUUUGGCACCCGAUUGCGACUAUGGAUCGAAAUAUCUUGUGGCAACGUGUGAGAUUGUUGAAGUCAUCAAUGAUAUCAACAACAUCUUAUAUCACGGUAAAGAUGUCACGGUUCCCGUCGUGGAACAGCUUCUGGUCAAUAUAGAUAGCUGGAAAAGGAAUCUGCUCAUGCCCUUGGAAGGGCCGGAAGAGCUUGAAGCUCUGGAAGACUCCAUCGAAGCCAACCGAAUGGCCGUUGCCAAGAUCCAUGUAUCUUGUCUGUAUUAUUUUGCUGUCACACUAGCAACUCGGCCGAUAUUCAUCUCCUCCCUCAACAGUCAAGCAGGAAACAGGAUCCAUCACCCGCCGCUAGCCGCGGCGUGCAUCGAAGCUGCCGUGUAUCUGGCACAAACUUGUGCUGACGCUCUAAAGGCUGGGCUACUCGAGAGAAGCAUGUGUAUCCUGAAAGCUUUAGUAUUCUCUGCAGGACUCAUUCUCGGAGUAGAGUGCUUCGCAAAGGUCAGCAUCGAUCUCGAGACCGAUAGAGCAUUUCAAGGAGCCAUGGACGUUUUAAAAUUUCUUGCUGGCCAAAGCCCCCAGGCCGCACAUUACCUGGAAAUAUUGAUGUCGUUGGCUACCGCCAUCACAGAGCGUCGCUCAAAGUUGAAUAAUGCUGGAGGCAGUCGUUACGUCUCAAGGCUCUUCAGCUUGGAGAGCCUAAGCAGUGUCAGCGCUGGCAACCCGGAGGGACAUACGGAGGAGGAGCCAUCCUGGGCCUCAACUCGGGCUGUGACUGAACAAGGCUCUUUUGACGUUUGGCCUGGGGCUGACGGGGGGUUGUUAAACUGGAUGUAUUUUGAGACAGCUAUGCACAGAUUCCUCGACAAAAGGGAAAUGCCAGAUCGGCAAUCGUCAGAAGCUGUAGACGUUCAAGCCGUCAUAAUACCAGACUAA